UACUUCCAGCCGUAGCCCUAAUUCAGCAUUGCUUCUCGUUUUCGCGAAAGCAUUGAGGUCUCUGUAUUUUUGGAUUCCAGUCCCACCACAUUUUCUGGAUAGAUUCCUUCACGUAGGUGAAGGCAAAUAUUUACUCCGUAUAAUUUUUCCGGUCAAAAAAGUGACUCGUGGACAGUUCAGGGGAAAAAGAGUGGCAUAAAUGAAAUUAAACGAAGUAGGAGGUUGAUAUGCAUCUUUGGUUUAAAAGCCAUCUCAGUCGCUAAUCUAGAAUUCUACAGCCAUGGAUCUCCGAAAACCAAAGAAGAGAAGUAACUGCCUCCUCUUAAAGCAGAAGAAAGAAGUAGCUGAAGAUGAGCCCAAAAACAGAUUUGGUUGUUUGCCGCCAGAAAUCAUCAAGGACAUUCUUUCAAGGCUUCCCAGUGUCAAAUCUAUUUUUCAGGUGAGGUCUGUUUGUCAUUUAUGGGAACUCUGGUCUCAUGAUCCCCAUGUUUUCCGUAUGCAUUUCUCUAGGAGUAGUAGUACAGGGUCUAAACUCAUCUAUUUCUACUCAAUACCUGAAGGCGAACUCCACUUUGUUGAAUUCUCUGAUAUUAAUGAAAAAGGGUUGAUUGCAAGUAAAAUUAAAAAUGCAUUUGUUGAUCUCACACCAAAAUCAUUUUCGGUGCUGGGCUCAUGCAAUGGCAUCAUGUUCUUAGAAGAUCUACAUAAUUCGAAGUGGAAAUGCCUAUAUAAUCCUUUUACAAGGGACUAUAAACUUGUACCCGAGCUGGACACUGAAUAUGAGUCGAUGUCUUAUUCAUAUUGGGCUGCAUACCACCCAGUCACUGAAGAGUACAAAGUAUUUGCUAUACACACCACUUUCGAUUUGGAGUGUAGAUCAAUAGCCUCUGUAUACAAUGUGAGUAAAAAUGAGUGGACAAGGAUAGGAGAGUUUCCGUUUGAAGUACGUCGGUCGGGAAAUGAAGGAGGCUUGGUCAAUGGGAGACUGCACUGGCUGACUGUUCAAAACAAUGGGAUAUUGAGUCCUUUUCCUAAUAUAACAUCGAUAGACUUCGUGGAUUAUUCCGUCAAGGAGGUUCCCAUGCCUGCGGAGGUUAUAUUUCGAAAAAGUAAGAGAUCUCAACUUGUUGUUUUAUGGGGAUGUCUUUCUAUUGGUGUAAGAAGAAUUGAUUCAAGAAUGCAUAUUUGGGUGAUGAAAACAUACGGAGUGGAAUCGUCUUGGGUGAAGCAGUAUGUCUUUGGAAGCGAAUUUCUUAAAUUUGAUCGCAAUUGGAGGAGUCGUGGCGAUGAAAUGUUACAGAUUGUAUGCGUUCUUAACAAUGAGGAAAUCUUGCUGGCUUACAAUAGAUUUGGGGAUGGAACUUUGAUGUCAUACAAUUUUGUUACUAAAAGCUAUAAGACUCUCACUUUUGGGGGAAGACCGUCAACAACAAUGGUUAAAGCAAUAUGUGAUACAUGCUGCUGGUCAACGUAAGUGAGCAUAUCGCACUCACAUUCACACACUGCUCCUGCUCCUUGAAAAGAAACAUUUGUCAUCUGCCUUUCAUUCCGAAUUGUGUAGCAGUUACUGUUAGAAAAUAGAAGAGGUUGUUGGUGUAUGAAUAUGUUAAGUGAUUUUAGUGAGGUGUAGUGUAGAGGAGGUGUUUUAGAGUAGAGCUCUUGUCUCUAGAAAACUUGUAAUUUUAUUGAUGUUGCUUGGUUUUGCUUGGUUGAGCAAAUGAGUACAAUGGAUCAUAUUUAUAGGUGCUAGAGGAUCAUUCUAGAUCCUUAUUAAAUGUUA